AGUUCAAGUUGUGGUGAUGCCCUCCUGUAAGAACUUGCAUUGCAAGUGUAUUGUAAUCAACUUGAUUUGAUAAUACAUUGUGCAAGUUUUGGAAGGUGGGGUUUUUCUCCCAGAAGGGUUUCCCCAUGGUAAUCACUGUGUUAUGUGUUCAUUGCUAUUUUGUUUAUGCUUUAUUGUGCAUUUCUUGAUAUCUUAGUAAUAUUUAAGUUGAAAGUUGCAUAACCGUCCUCUCAAGAUUAGCAUAGGAAGCGUUUCCGCACACCUUUGCUUCCUUACAACUUGCACACUAAAUAUCUCUACUCCCUUAGAUGGCUUGCUAAUAUCAAUACUCCCUUAGAUGGCUUGCUUUCAAUUAGAGGGCUUUUAACCCAUUCACUGCCUUUCCUUUACACUUCCCUAUAGUUUCAUUCUUGAUUUAUUUAUUUGCUCACGUCAGAGCUUUAGUUUUCUGUUAAUGGCUUCCACUUCGACAUCUGGUUGAGGAGAGCAGGAAAGACACCCACUUCUGACACUUGAACCUUCCCACGGAGGGAUAAAACCCUCCUUGACUCCAAAACAGUUUUAUGUAUUCAUCAACCAUCGAGGCCCAGAUGUGAAAAAGACUCUGGCUCAGCAGCUUUACGAUUCUCUAAAGGAAGCUGGGAUCUCGGCAUAUCUAGAUUCUGAAGAGACUGAAUUGGGAGAUUCAAUUUCUUCCACCAUAAAGAACGCCAUAUACUCUGCCAGACUGCACAUCGCCAUCUUGUCUCCGCGAUACGGAGAGUCUGCUUGGUGCUUAGCUGAGCUAGCUUUGAUGUUUCAAACCAAGACUAGAAUUAUUACCCUGUUUUACCAUGUUGACCCUUCAGACUUCCGCCAUAUAAAAGGAAGAGUUGCAGAUGCAUUUUCCAAACACAAAGAGAAGAACAGAUAUUCUAACGAUGACAUUGAACAGUGGAAAGUAUGCCUCAAGAACGUUUCAGAGAUCAAGGGCUACGAAUUCAACGAACAGAAUGAGUAAGUCACCAUCAUGAGCUUUCCGUCCAUAUGUAUUUUCUAUAUUUUUAAAUUUUUUUAUUAUUUUACAUUUUUGGUCCCUAGGUUGCCUCCUAGAAAAUUGUCAGUCGUUCUGUUGGCAGAAAAUUAAAUCAGCAGUCACAAAAAUGAUGACUAUUUCAUAUUUUGUGUGCUAAUGUUUUGUAAUGUAUAAUGCAUUUCAUUUUAGAGAAAGCAUUUUAUGUGAAUUACUAGACAUUUUGUUGUACAAUAAAGCGUGUAACUGCUAGUUUACUUCACCCUAGAAAAAAUGAUGGAAAAGUAAGACUGAAAAUGGAACAAGAUUUUCUCUGCAUUUGCUUUUCUUUCGGGAAAAAGUUCUUUUUCUGAUUUUUAAUUGGCUUCCCUAUUUUUUUUAUGGAAUGAAUGACAAAUCAUUAUGGAAUUCAAUUUCGGAGAAUAUUAUGAAGUUGCUGUCUGAUUGCAUAGGAAUACGGCUUUUGUCCACUGGGAGGUAAGUUCUUACAUCUAUUUUUUUAUGCUAUAUUCAUGUUUAUUUCUUUUCUAUUCUAAUUACAUACUAAAAAUAUCAUAUCAACUCUGUAAUGGAAGACUUUCUCUGGAAAGGUUCAGGAUAUCGUAAGCAGAAAAGAAGGGAGCUUUUAGGGAGUAGAGAAGAGAAGAGGGGGGCUUUUAGGGAGUAGAGAAAAGGGGGUGCUUAGAGAUUAAAGAUGUUAUGAUUUUUAUUGAAGCUCUGUUGGCUCAGUUGCUGUGAAGGUUUUAUUUCACUACUCAAAAAUAUUGGAUUCAUAUUUUGAGAUCUAAAUAUCUCAAAUGGUGCUCGUCCUUUUGAGUUUGCUCAUUCAUAAUUUAAGAUCCAAAUAUCUCAAAUAGUUAGCAGAUUUUUGGCUGUCGUUUUGAUAGCUUAUAUUCUUUUAUAUUUUUUUAUUUAAAUAUCCUCUAUUCUUAUCUGGAGCCCUCUUUUUGGUCUUUCGGCCACUUACCAUUGGCUCCUCCCUUUCCAGUUUCCAUUUGAGCUCCGAAGUUAUUUAAAGCAGUCCAUUUGUGGUGUUGAUUGUAAAUUUCUACCGUUUUUGCAGAUUUAUACUUCAAUUUCAAAACAUUACCUUGAUUUUCUUAUUUUGCACAGCGUUAUUGCUGUCUUUUGGUCUUCCUUCUAUCUUGGAAACUCCUGUGUCUUUGUAAAUUCCUACCUUUUGGCAUUUUCCUUAUGUAGCCCAUAUCUCCCUCUCCAUGUCUGUUGAUAUUUCUGUGGCUAGAUGGUUUUCUUUCUGGCAGCCUUCCCAUCUUUUUCUGAGUGAUGACUCUUGCAUUGGGAUUUCUGGUGGGAGGUUUCCUACAGUUCUGAAGAUCAAUCGAAAAUUUAGAAGCAUCUCGGGUUUAUGGGUAAUCCGCUAGGUUCUAUUGUAGCAACACUUGUUCUCUUCCUUCUUAUACAAUGUAUCUAUUAAAGGCUCGGGCUAGGCCUUUUUUUAUUCAAUAUAAGUUUUCAUUUUUAAAAAUUUAAAAAUAAAAAGAAAAUCUGAAUUACUUACAACCUCAAUUUUUGUUUCUGCUUUUCGUAUUUCCAGCGAUCAGAAAAAGUUGUAUAAUGGCGUGGUGUCUGCUGUGAUGAAUGAGAAGCAAAAGAGGAAAAUUCCUUUCCAAGUUGCAAAAUAUGAGGUUGGACUUGAUAAGUUUGUGAAUGAUUUCCAUAGCCAUUGCCGGAGAAAUGGGCAGAUGAUAGAUAAAAUAAUUGGCAUCUACGGAAUGGGAGGGUCUGGCAAGACCACUCUCGCCAAAUAUUUGUUCGAUCAAAAACAUUCAGAAUUUAGUGGAUCAACUUUUCUAUUUGAUGUACGGGAACGACAAGUCAAAGGUGAGUUGACUUCUCUGCAAAGUAGGCUUCUCAAAGAUCUUCACCUGGAAGGAAACACCAUUUCUAGCAUAGAAGAUGGGAUCGCCGUUGUCAAGGAUAAUCUUGAGAGGAGCCGUGAAUCUAGGUUCAUUAUAGUUAUAGACGACAUUGAUAAUUAGAAGCAGUUAGAUGCACUUAUACCCACAGAUGCUCUCAAUCCCAAUAGUUUGGUGAUUGUCACAACCCGUGACGAGGGUGUUCUUAUACAGGCCAGAGUCAUAGUUCGUUAUAAGAUGAAAGAAAUCAAUCCACAGCAUAGCAGAGAGCUCUUUUGCUGGCAUACAUUUCACAGACAAUCUUGUCGAAGUGGAUAUGAUAAUUUGGUAGACAGCUUUGUCAAUUUGUGUAAAGGUUCACCUCUUGCUCUUAAAGUAAUGGCCGCGCAUGUUUCUGGCCGUGACAAGGCUUAUUGGAAGUUACAGUUAGAUGUUGUUAAGGCAAGUCCACACAAAGACAUAAGAGAUACUCUUAGAAUAAGCUAUGAUGCUCUGGAAGAGGAUCAAAAACAGAUCUUUAUGGAUAUAGCGUGCUUUUUCAUAGGGGAACGUGUGAGCACGGCAAUCCUGCUUGCCCACAAUACUCCGUGGUGGGGAAUUAGCAUUUCCUCAUACAAUAGACUAUUAUGAGCCACCAUUUUAUUUCAGAAUGCAUGAUCAUCUCCGCGACUUGGCGAGAGAACGGGCAGAUAAUGAAACGAACCAUCCUCGUCGACUGUGGCGUCCUGAAGAUCUUAUUGGAAUAAGUGAAAUCAAGGGAUUCCAGAACAUCCUCAUGCGGUCCGAAGGUAAUUGUUUCAGAUGUUACAGUCCUAUUAAUGACAAAAAUGAUCAGAUGAGAUGUUUUCUGGAGAGUUCAAGGACAUCAACUGAUUUACGAUGGCUUGAAGUUAAAGGUAGGAUUCCUGAAUGGAUUCCCUUACAUAAUUUGCACAGUUUAAAGCUUGAAGGAGAAUCACCUUCGAGGUUGUGGCAAAGGAAUAAUCAGGUUUCGCUCAAGUUGAAAGAGCUAUAUUGCUUUUUUCGGCUUCGUCUUACAGAUUCCACUCAUCUAAACAAACUGGUGAGCUCGUUUGGAAUGUUAAAAAAUCUAGAAAGGUUGCAGCUAAAUUUUGAAAAUGGCAUCUUCAAAUGGAAUAUUGAAUGGAAUUGCUUGCUAAAAUCUGUGAGAGAACUCACCAAUCUGAAAACGUUAGAGUUGAUGUUACUUUCAACUAGAAGGGGAAUUUGCUUUAAGCACAGCGGAGAGGCAACUGUUGAUCGGUUUUGUCUGGGAAGCCUUGAAACUAUAAUUUUGUGUGGUGCAUUCAAAACAAGGAGGGUCUCAAUUAUUUUAGAAGACGUUAAUUUCCUUAAAUUUAGUAAUUUCUUUAUCAUGCAAAAAAAACAGUUUUUCUAUCCUCCACGCAUACACAGCUUUAAAAGCCAGUUUUUCUAUCCUCCACGAAUGCACAACUUUAAAAGCCAGUUUUUCUAUCCUCCACGCGUGCACAGCUUCUACCAUAAAACUAGUAGAUAGAUAUUCUAGAAGGAUUUCAAAUCUUCUAUAAAUAAAAGAAUGAUUGUAAUUGAUUUAUGCAUUAUUAAUAAAAGUUUGAUUUUAUCUCUUUGCAGUAGCAAUAUGCUUUUUGUGCUGUAGCAUGGAUUUAUUGUUUUGUUUUCUUUUUUAAUUUUAAUCUCCGCCUUCAAAAUUGGUAUCAGAGUGAAGGUUAAUUGUUUAUGCAGAUCUAAGUGAUUUUUUGGUGCAGAAUUUUAUGAUAGAGAAAGGAGAUUGCUGUAGCAAGUCAUGGCAACAAAUAAUACUCAAAUUCAGCCUCAAAUUCCAAUCUUCAAUGGUAAGAAUUAUGAGUUUUGGGCAAUUAAAAUGAAGACCUUGUUUUGCUCACAAGAUAUUUGGGAUUUGGUAGAGAAAGGUUUUGCAGGAACCACAGGAUGAUGCAGCUUAUCAGAGAUUACAACAAGUAGAAAAAGAUCAGCUUAAAGAUAAUAGAAAAAAGGAUGCAAAAGCCCUGUUUUUAAUUCAACAAGCAAUGGAUGAGUCAAUCUUUCCUAAGGUUUCGACAGCAACAAGGUCCAAGAAAGCUUGGGAGACUCUAGAGACAGCCUAUCAAGGUAAUACAAAGGUGAAAGUGGCUAAAUUACAAACUCUUUGGAGAUGAGCAUGUGCAAAAACCUAAGGAAGAGAGCCUUAGAUGUAAAUUUGAUGACAUGAAGAUGAUGGAAGCUGAGAAUAUCACCCAGUACUGACAAAGGGUAAAGGAAGUAGUUGGAAGAAUCAAAAGUGUUGGUGCAACCAUUCCAGAAGAUACAGUGGUGAGUAAAAUGCUUAGAACCUUAUUGUUUGCUUAUGCUAUUAGAGUUUUUGCUAUCCAGGAAUUGAGGUUAGUCAACAAAGAUAAAGUUACAGUUGAUUCUUUGAUAGGCAAGCUUACUGCUUUUGAGUUAAAUAGAUUUGAUAAUUUAGUAUACCUAAGGAAGAAUCUGCUUUCAAAGCAUAUGUAUCUAAUGCACCGGUAAGAAAAGGAAAGGAUGUGUAUAGGUCAAGUAAUCAUGGUGGUGGUAAUGAAGGACAAAAGCAACUUAAUUGAGUUUGAAGCUUUACUAGCAAAAAGACUUCCUAGAGGCACCGAUAAGUACAAAGGCAAGCUUCCUCUUAAGUGUUUCUCUUGUAAAAAAAUAGGACAUGUUGCUACUAAUUGUCCUAACAAUGAUCAAAAGGAAAAGUACAGGAAGUAUAAAGGAAAAUGUAAGAAACAAUGCUAUGUUGCAGUUGAUGAAAGUGUUACCGAUGAGGAAACUGAGGAUGAAGAGAAUGAGGAAAAUUUUUUUGUAGCUAUUAAGAAAGAUCUCUCUGAUAAGAAAUCUUUAGUAUCUCAUAUUGAUAGCAGUGAUGAGUGGGUUAUUGAUGGUGGUUGUUCACAUCACAUGACCGGUGAUAGGAACAAGUUCAUCUCACUUGAAGAAUUUGAUGGUGGAGUAGUGAUAUUUGGCAACAAUUCACCAUUCUUGUUAAAAGGUAAAGUUUAAAUUUCUUUGAAUGGUAAAACUAAUGUUGAUGAUGUAUAUUGGGUUGAAGGAUUAAAACAUAACUUGUUGAGCGUUGGUCAACUGAAUGAUAAAGGUUAUCAUCUUGAGUUUAAGAAUGGAGUGUGCAGGAUCUUAGGAUGCAAAUGAGAACUGAUUGCUAUAGGUAAACUGACAAAAGGAAACUUAUUCCAUUUGAAUGUUAAUGUUAACAGUUGUUUGGUUACUAAAGUUGAGGACAGUUGGUUAUGGCAUAGAAUAUUUUGUCAUGUGAAUUUUGAUAAUGUGAUUAAGGUCAACAAGUCAAAUAUGGUGAGAGGUAUGCCACAAUUAGUUAAACUAGACAAUGUGAUUUGUAAAGAAUGUCAGUUGGGUAAGAUGACUAUUACCUCUUUUAAGAGAAAAUCAUUUUCUUCUGAGAAUAUUUUAGAUUUGGUGCACACUGAUUUAUGUGGUCCUAUGAGGACUAGGAGUUUUCAAGGUGAUAGGUAUUUCAUGAUAUUUACGAAUGAUCAUUCAAGAAUGACGUGGGUUACAUUUUCGAAGGAGAAGUCUAAAGCUUUCAGAAAGUUUAAGGCAUUCAAAGCCUUAGUGGAGAAAUAAACCGAUAAGAAUUUAAAGUGCUUGAUAUCUUACCGGGGUGGAGAAUACACAUCAGCUGAAUUUGUGAAAUAUUGUGAUGAUAAUGGAAUAAAGAGACAAUUGUUUGCACCAAGGAUACCACAACAUAAUGGAAUUACAACAAGAACAAUUUUGAUACAAGGAGAUGUACUUAAUAUGUUUUAGAGAGAAACAGUCAGCACAACUGUAUACACAAUGAAUUGGGUAUUGGUAAAGAAAGAUAAUGAUAAAACACCCCAUGAAUAAUGGU